AUGGCCCGGAAUGAGAAAGGCAGCAAACACUCGGUGAUGACGUCGCCGGGUGGCACCUUGAUGAACUUCCGAAGCAGCACCAAGACUCGGAGGUUUGACAAGGAGAUGGGUGCCAUCGAAAAAGAUAGGCUCUGCCAAGUCUUGAAGAAGGACGUGAGAGGUAAUGCUAAGCAGUUCUGGGAUGCACUCAAGUCCGCCAGCCUGCAACACUUUGAGAGUACUGACGCUGUUUUCAUGGCCUUUUCAAGUCCAUCUGAUUGCAUGAUGUCCUUGGAACAAUUUCAGGAGUUGUCUGAAUAUUUGGGUUUCGCCUUGACUUAUCACAGCGCCAAAACCCUCUUCGAGCAAAAACUGCGCGAUCGGGAGAUGAAUGCCAUGACACUUGAAGAUUUUCAGGAUGCCUGCAUUGUGGCACCCCUUGACCGGAUACGUGCACGGCUUCGGGGGCAUAGGCAAAACAUGCUGGCGUGUGCCUUCCACAUUGACAAUUUUAUCAGGCAUUUGUCACUUUUCACGGGCGAAGAUCAUCGUCGCCGGGCGGUGACACGCUUUCAGCAGAAGCUCACGACCCGAUUUUGCGUGACGCUUUGGAGUAGCUUGCAACAAUGGGCAGAGAGAAAGACGCUUGCGGGAGAACCCAUGAUCAGUAAGGAGACUUUCUUGAAGCUGGUGGAUAGCAUCCAGUCCUUUCAGGCCUUUGAGAUGGACUUUUUCGGCAACAUCUACGAGCGCGUGGAUCGGGGCCAAAAGGGGGAGGUCGUCAUGUUCGAUUUAACCGUGACGAUUUUGUUGAUGGCAACCAGCAACAGUCGUUGUGACAAGGCCAAGUUAAUCUUCACCGUCUUUGAUACAGAUGGAGACGGCUGCUUGUCCUCGGAGCAGCAACGUGAAAAUCAACGUGGCAUGGCAGCCAUGGCAUCACCCUUCGCAUCCCCGGUGUCUGUGGCCAGUGCCGGACGCAGCGCGACCGGCGCGACCGGCGCGACCUGCGCGACACUCGCCAGCCGCGGCGCAGGCGGUGUCGCCGUGGCGGAUGAGACAGGUUGGCAUCCAAAGUUGGCCGCGACCGCGGCGCUGGCGGUGACGUUUUCCCUUGGAAAACGUGGAAGACGGGCGGCUGUGAGACCAAAGGUCUUGUGCCGGGCGACCAACAUCUUUGAGCGCUCCUCUUUAGAGGCAGGAGCUAAGUUGUUGGAGGAAGCAGUGAAAUCUUCCAAUGGGUUUACCAGCUUUAGCGAAGAGAAGAAUCGCCAGUCCUACGUCUCACAACAAGCUGCCCUGGAAGGCUUGGAGGACUGGCGACGGGAGACGACCGUGGGAUGUUUCUCCUGGUUGGAGGACGUGAAUGGAGUGGAUGAUGAUGGCCUUCCCUUGGUCUAUUCUGUGGAACGUGAAGUUCUCACCGAGGAUACGAAGCCGGGUGAGCUGGGAGAGAGGUGGAGUCGCUUCUUGAGGAUCUCCACACCCUUCAUCACUCGCUUCUUCUACUCCCUCUUGAACGGUCGCCUCUGGGAGGAUGAGGCUUCGCUGGCUUCGCAGGCGGUGGAUAACAUGCAGGAGCUAGGCCCGACCUUUGUGAAGUUGGGACAGGUGCUGUCCAUCCGUCCCGAUGUCUUGCCGCCAAAGACCAUGAAAGAACUGGCGCGGCUGCAGGACGCUGCGAUUCGGACGAAGAUGGAGGACGACAUUGAGACCUUUUCCAACGAGGAAGCGCGAAAGGUCAUCGAAAAGGAGAUGGGAAAACCUGUGGAUGAGAUCUUUUCAAGCUUCUCAGAGGAGCCCAUUGCUGCGGCAUCACUGGCGCAAGUCUACCGGGCAACGCUGCGGGAGACGGGACAAGAAGUGGCCGUGAAAGUUCAGAGGCCAGGAGCUUUAAGCACAGUCUCCAAGGACCUCUACGUCCUGCGUCGUUUGGCGGACGUGGUGCAGCCCUUGAUCCGGCGCUUCACGGCGGAUGAGACGGACCCAAGACGGCGAACGAGACAGGGCAAGCGAGAUGAUUACAUUGCUCUCACGGAGACCUUUGCGGAAGGCCUUUACACAGAGUUGGACUUCCGUAACGAGGCGUUGAAUGCGCUGCGCAUGGAAGAACUGCUGAAGGAAAGCUUGGGCGAGAGUUCGUUGGAAAAGAUCAUUAUUCCAAGGCCAUUGAUGCCCUUCACCACGCGUCGUGUGAUGCUGUCGCAGUGGGUGAACGGCGUGAAGUUGAGCACCUUGCCCAAGGAGGAGAUCAAAGAGUUGAUUGCCAUUGGACAAGAAGUUUUUCUGACACAGUUGCUUGACAUCGGCUUCUUUCACGGAGAUCCUCAUCCGGGCAACCUCUUGAAGAUUACUGAAGGUGAAGAUGCGGGUAAACUAUGCUUGUUGGACUUCGGCUUGGUCGCCCAGGUGCCUCGGAAAGAUCGUGACAUCAUUGUCUCGGCGGUGGUUCACCUGGGCACCCAAAACUGGGAAGCCUUGAUCGAAGAUUUUCAGGAGUUGGGCUUCCUGUCCGAGGAUACCGACAAAGAUGCCCUGAUUCCCAUUAUGCAGCGGGUGCUGAAGCCAUACCUGAAGGGUGGCGGAGCGCAAGCCUUCAAAAAUGCGAAUUUCCAGGCCUUGACCCAAGAUCUCUUGAAGGUGAAUAUGGAAGUGAAGUUCUCCAUUCCGCCUUAUGUCUCCCUCCUGGCACGUUCUGUUGCGACCUUGGAGGGUGUUGCUCUCCAGGGCGACCCUGGGUAUCAGAUCGUCGCAAUGGCCUAUCCAUUCGUUAUUCGGCGAUUGUUGAAGAACGACAGUCGCUUGUCCUUCUCGGCCCUGCGGGAGUUGCUGUACGACCCGCACACACGGCGCAUGCGGCCUCAGCGGCUGGCGACGAUGCUCCAGGCGUCCCUGGGCGUUGUGGCGGAUGCGGACAGCCGCGAGGGGUUCAUCGAUUUCGACUCGGUGCCCAAGGACAGCGCACCAGUUUCUGAAGUGGUGAAGUUUUUGCUCUCCCCCAACGCCAGCAAGCUCCGACCCUUGCUGAACGCAGAGCUGGCCUAUGGUCUGGACCUGGUCCUUCGCCGCACGGCACGGCGGGCCAGGAGUACCUUGCGUGAUGUGCUUGCACCAAGAGUACCAGUGGUGGGUAUCCGCCUACCCCAGCCUCCAUUGCCACCUUUGCUUCUGCCUGUUCCACGGGAUCUCCAGAAAACUGGGCCAGAAGCCUUUCAGAAUGGUGUGGAUCUCAUUAGUAUCGAGGAGGUCUUCGAAGGCGUCUUCCCGGAAUUGAACACCUCUGAGGCACGAGACGUGGACUUUGACACCUUCAACGAUGCGGCCAAGAGCAUCUUCAACAACGGUGAUGAGCUUCCUGAAGUGUCGCCACAAACCCUUCUGGCACUGCUGAGGGCGGUGGUGCAACGGGAGGACUGCGGAGUACCCCCAUGA